UGGACUUGAUAAACAUGAACCCUGGACACUCCUUUUGUUUGCUUUUGUUGAGCGUCGCCGCUAGAGCACCGACGCCAAGUACGGACGGCGGUGUGGCAGAUGUGUUCGAGUCUGUGGAGUUUGCUGAUAUCCAAGGAGGGACUCUCGAAGCAGAACUGCAGUCUUCACCCUCCGUAAACUUCGGCUUCAGGCCGACAUCGCCCACAGUACCGCCAGACUACGCGUCUUCAGCCGAGCGCGGGCUUCUCCUCACCCCGGCCGAGGAGGUUGUCAGGUGGUGUCCUUGUAAUGAACAGAUCAACGUGUGUGACAUCAACUGCUGUUGUGACAGCGACUGCAGUGAGGAAGUGGCUGUGUUCACCCAGUGCACCAUAGACCGUGUCAGUGGGAACCAGAAGUUGUGCAACCAAGUUACAGAGCACCAUUCUCUUGGCAGCACAAUAAAUGGCUACUCAGAACUACAUACAUCCAUCCAGAGGGAUCUUAAUUAUGACCUCUUCUGCAUUCAGUCACAGAACUGUAAAGGUUUGUCCUAUGGCUUGCCUGCGUUUCCAACUACCAGGAAUUUUGACUCACUGUUUGAGCCGUAUUUGGACUUCCUUUUUGCCUCUGGGACCAGCAGUGUCAUGUUACCCACAGCCAAGAAACAAGCCUCAUCCGGCUACCAGUAUGGGGAUGUCAUGGUGACUGUGGGAAGGGAUGGACAGCAGGGCAUCUUGUGGUUACCAGUCCCAAGUGUUACUUCUAAUUGUUUGGACCUGAGUCCUGCAGCUUUCUUAAAGCAGCAGAGAAGCUCCUGUUCUCGCAGUCUGGUCCUUGACAAAGACUGCUCCACCCUGCCGGCUCUCAGCAUGUCUACCUACACCAGCAUCCAGCUCCUCUCUGGGAAGAAUGAGGAUGCAGCAUUGGUUGCUGUGGAAGUUUCAUCAGUUGUCCAGCAGUCUAUGGAGGGUACUUGGACUCAGGUGAAACUCGGUGGCAUGGAGAACCUUGACCCAGCUCUGCUGAGCACAACUGUGUGCACUAAUGUGGUGCUCCAGGUCAGCUUUGUGGUAAGGUACAACAGGGCUGGUGAGAUUACGUCUGUGGCUGCUUCUUUUGUUAUUGGAGCCAUCAGUGAGGACACACUGCCUCUGGAACAGGAGUUUCACAUUACAUUUGUCCAGGAGAACGGUGAUGAGGUUGCUUUCCGUUACAGUGGGAAUCCAGGUUAUGUGGUUGGCCUCCCUCUUGUGUCUGGAACCAAAUCAGCAAAUGGGAUUGGUCAAAGUACUGAUCUGAGAGGAACACUGACCACCCUCCAAGGUAUUACGCACCAGGACUGUUUUCAUGGGCCCCAUCGGCGUUCCCCUGUCUUGUUUGGGCUAAACACAGUGUCUGGCUGCAUGUUGAGUAUGGAGGAGGCCGCCAACUGUUCCUUGGUUUCACAAGUGCUUCUUGACAUUCUGAGGGGACAGAACUAUCCCCAAUAUGUGGCAAUGUUUGGGUCAUCCCCACCACACAAUCCAACAGCCUGGUUGCCCGUCAGCAACAGCUCCAGGCCAGGGGAAGCCCAGAGCUGCAGCAUUGCACUAUCUUUUCACUUAGAAGUUGAAUGGACCAAAUAUGGAUCUCUGGUGAAUCCGCAGGCUAAGAUUGUGAGCAUCAAAGAAGUAACCCAGACCAACACAAGCAACCUGUUGUUGCUGUCUGAAGGAGGAAGUGCCAUAUCCAUCACGAGCUCCGUGACCUUUGUACCCGUGUCGGCAGCAGCUCUUCCUGGCUCCAGGGCUCAUCCCACUGUGGAUGCCAAUCUACCCUUUGACUUCUUCUUCCCUUUUGUGUGAAGAGAAGAGUGUGAGGGAAACCAAGUCUGUAUCUGGCUUGUGCUAAGGACUGUGCUGCUCUGUCAGCAGAAAACAUGUCUGCUGACAGUGACAUCUGCCUUUAUAUUAGGUAACAAUAGGGCCGUCCAGGUAGCGUAGUGGUCUAUUACGUUGCCUACCAACGCAGGGAUCGCCAGUUCGAAUCCCUAUGUUGCCUCCAGCUUGGUCGGGCAUCCCUACAGACACAAUUGGCUGUGUCUGCAGAUGGGAUGCCAGAUGUGGGUGUGUGUCCUGCUUGCUGCACUGUCGCCUCUGGUCGGUCGCAGUGCCUGUUCGGGGGGAGGACUGGGGGGAAUGGCGUGAUCCUCCCACAUGCUAUGUCCUCCUGGUGAAACUCCUCACUGUCAGGUGAAAGGAAGCGGCUGGUGACUCCACAUGUAUCAGAGGAGACAUGUGGUAGUCUGCAGCCCUCCCCGGAUCAGCAGAGGGGGCGGAGCAGAGACCGGGAUGGCUUGGGAAAUAGGGUACUUGGCCAAGUACAACUGGGGGGAAAAAAAUCCACACCAAAAAAAAAAAUAUAUAUAUAUAUACGUGUAUAUAUAUGUAUAUAUAUAUAUAUAUACGUAUAUAUGUGUGUGUG